CAUUACCAUGGCAACAUGCAACAUGCUAUCCAGCUGUGGCUUCUUUGGGAAGUAUUUUCAUUGCUGGAAAAAAAAAAUAAACAAACUAUUAAUGCUAAUAAUUAUGCUGUAGGAGUCACGUGGGUGCAGAGAACAAGACGGCUGCUCUUUAGAGGUCACGGCGCUGCCUUGGAGUUAAAUUAACCUUUUAUUAAUGAAAAGCCCAUAUUUGUUUUAGGAGAAUACGGCAUAGCUCAUUUCAGUGAGUUGGGAGAAAGUGAAGGGAAGGAUUACUGCAUCCACUUCAACUCCCGCUGGACACCCUUACCUCACCACCUCCACACCAUGUCCGCAGUGGAGGUGUAUGACCUGACCUCGUCUGUGCUUUGCUCCAACUCCGAUGUCCCACAUGGCGGGUUUCCUGACCGUGUUGCCAUGGUGAUGCGUGGGAACUGCACAUUUUAUGAAAAAGUUCGUUUGGCCCAAACCAAUGAUGCAAAAGGUCUCCUGAUCAUCAGCAAAGAAGGGCUGAUCCCUCCAAAGGGGAAUAAGUCUCAGUACGAGGAGAUCGACAUUCCGCUCGCUUUAAUCAGUUACACUGACAUGCUGGACAUCCGUACGCGUUUCAGAGCCAGGAAGCAGGUGGUGCUGUACUCUCCUGACGGGCCAGUGGUGGACUUUAGCGUGGUGGUGAUGUUCUUCAUGGCCGUGGGGACGGUAGCGGGGGGAGGAUACUGGACCGGUGUCCGAGAAAUCAAAAAACGGAUGAAGGAGGUGGAGAUUGGAGAGAAAGAGGAGAGAGAGACGGUGAACUUGACUCCGACCACGAUCGCUGUGUAUGUGGGGAUGUGCUGCCUCAUGCUGUUGCUUCUUUAUAAGUUCUACGAUUAUCUGGUGCAUGUCUUCAUCUGGAUCUUCUGUAUCACCUCCUCUGUGGGUCUGUACAACUGUCUCUGGCUUAUCGUCUGCAGAAUUCCUGUCGGAAAGUGCAGGAUUCCCGAGAACAAGCUGCCCUACUUGAAAAAGCGGCCGGAGGUGCGGAUGCUGCUGCUGGGUGUGUUGUGUGUGAGUGUGAGCAUAACCUGGGGUGUGUUCCGCAACGAUGACCGGUGGGCGUGGGUGCUGCAGGACACAUUGGGCAUGGCUUGCUGCCUCUACGUUCUGAAAACAUUCAGACUGCCCAGCUUCAGAGCAUGCACUCUCCUGCUCACGGCUCUGUUAGUGUAUGAUGUCUUCUUCGUGUUUAUAACACCUUAUUUUACUAAGAGUGGGGAGAGCAUCAUGGUUGAAGUAGGAGCAGGUCCUUCUGAUUCAUCCACACACGAGAAGCUCCCGAUGGUUCUGAAGGUUCCUUAUCUAAACUUUUCUGCUAUGGCUCUGUGUAGUCGGCCAUUUUUACUGCUGGGUUUCGGAGACAUUUUAAUUCCCGGUCUGCUCAUAGUGUACUGCCACAGGUUUGAUGUUCUUGUACACUCAUCACGGGUUUACUUCCUGGCCUCCACUGUCGGGUACAGUGUGGGUCUGCUCCUCAGCUUUGUGUGUGCGUUACUGAUGAACUCGGCUCAGCCAGCUCUGCUCUAUCUGGUUCCGUGCUCUCUGCUGUUCAGCCUGACGGUGGCGCUGUGGCGCUCUGAACUGAAGCCCUACUGGAAUGGGGAUAUGUCUCUGCCUUCUCCUGUCGCCAUGACCCCUGUCACUCGAACACUAAACCCAGCCAUGUCCGAGCCCUCGGCCAGUCAGGAGCCAGUUGUGAGUGAAGUGACCAAUCAUGGUGAAGACCCGCCUCCACCUACAGAGGAGGAAUGUCCUCAGAGGACAGAAGGCACAACUAAUGAAGUGGACUGAAGGCAAAAGGGGAUGACUUUCUUUCUUUAUUAAAUUAUUUAUUCAUUUAUUUAUUUUAUCUAUUUUAUGGCCUGUGAUUUUUAAACUCUGCUCUUCUAAAUAAACAAACAGUGGAAUUAAGAGAAUUAUUUCUGUGCA